CCAAUAAUAAUGUACACUAUGGCUGUGACUGUACACGUAGAAUAGUAAACGUACACACUAUUUUACAACGCCAACGCAAGUAUAUAUAUUUAAACACUGAUAGUGUAAAUCGUAUGAAACAUUAUCAUCUCAAUUGUUAUAUAUAAUUAUAUAUUGUUAUAUAUAAUUCUGUAAGAUGGCUCAAAUACGGGUAAAACUGUCUGCUGCUCAGCUUAUAACUGUCGUUGCGUUCCUGAUCAUUACAGUGGUUUUAUAUUUAAAUUCAGUAGGCCUACCGGCAAAGAUAACAGAUGUGCAUCCUUUAAAAUACGACGGCAGACGACAUCGAGAGACUUUAAAAAGACAUCGCCAACCUGUUAAACAUUCUAUGAAGAAUUGCAGUGUAGAAAAGUGUACUUUUGAAGAAGUCCAAAGAGAAAGGAAAUUGCACGCUUGGAGGGUAUGCAACACAACAGAGUAUAGACAAACAAAUAAUUCCUAUUUCGCUCGUCAUCGUUUUGAUCAUAUGUAUUAUUUAAACAGAACUGGUAUCGUAUUUUGUACUGUUCCAAAAGCGGCGAGCACUACUUUAAAGAAAUUAAUGCUUGCCUCAAACGCAUUAGAUUACAAUUUUGUAUCAAUAAAAAACACUCACGACGUGUUUGAUAGACACGUUAUAAAACUUUCAAAAUUGCUCGAGACCGAAAUAAUGAACAUAUUACACAACUCUACUAAAAUAAUGAUUGUCAGACACCCGUUCACUCGACUGUUGAGUGCAUUUAAAGACAAGUUAGAACCAAUUUGGGCCGAGAGUUAUUUUCCCAGGUCUGAUUUCAUAUUACAUAUCCAGACACAAUUAGGGCUAGAAAAGAGUGGGAGGAUUACAUUCAGUGAUUUCUUGCGGUAUUUAAAUCUCCUUGAUAACGAAUAUCAUCUCGAUGCACAAGAGCAUUGGCGAGAGAUUUAUAAAAUAUGUAUGCCAUGUGAGGUCAAGUAUGACGUCAUAGGAAAAUUUGAACAUCUUUACGAUGGUGAACUUGAAUCGAUAUAUAGGUUAUUGAAUAUCAGUGAUGUGUACAUUCAACCAGAACAUUAUACAGGCGCAUCAGAAAAAAUGGUGAUAAAACAAUAUUUUUCAACUUUGUCAAAAGAGACAUUGAAGAGGCUUUACCAGCGUUAUCGGAUUGAUUUUGCAUUAUUUUCAUACAGGAUGGAAGCAGAAAAAAGCGUUUAAAACUGCAGUUUAAACAGAAUAAUAUAGCAAAGUAAACUAAUUUUUUAUUGUUACAUCGUUCUACCACUAUGCAUCAUAGACUAUUACUUGCUUUUCAUUACUGUAUAUUAUAUCUGUACGGUUCACUCUAAAGAAAAGGAGAUGUGAAGAAAAGAGCAGGAGCUCUUGAAAUGUUUGCUGGUGUUCAGUCACACAAGCAAGGCCAAGGGCCACUCACGAUAAGGGGUUAGGAUAGUUGAAAAGAAAAUGGUUGACAAAAGAUUUAAAAUAUUAUGCAAGAUGAAAGGAAACUGGAUACAAUCAGCUGACAAAGUAUUCCAAAGAGAAGAGAAGCAAGACAAACAAAUGAAUUUGAAAAUGUGGAAGUUCUGCAGCUUCAGAUCUAAGCAAAUCUGGUGUUUCUGGAAAGCCUACGAACAGAUGGGAUAAGUUGAAAAAGCUCCUCAGAGCAAUGGCGAUUAAAAUAACGGUAAAGCAAACUGAGACAAGCAACAUUGCGCCGAUGAGCCAAAGGUUCCAGCCUAUAAAACCCAGCUCUGGUCCGAUCAGAUGGAUAACUCGACGUUGAUAUUUAUCAAGAGAAAGAUGACAGACGGGAGCUCCAGAGACUGAACAAGGUCUAAUGGUGGAUUUGUGCAAAUGAAGUACUGCCUCAUGUGUAAGGAAUCUGCUGGCCCGGAACAAGCAUCCAAACUUCUGUGUAUGAUGUAUGAUUAAUAAGCUGAAAUGGCAACCGUCUUCCUCUCUUCCUUUUUAUUGACUUACUGUUAAUAGUUAAAUAAUAACAGUGCUCGAAUAAAAAAAAUUAUGUAAUAAUCAAAGUGAGUGUCAUGUCAUGUCAUUGAUAGACGCUGCAUUCUCGAAUCUCGUCAUAGAAACAUAAUGUUACUAUAUGUUCCUAUUUGAAUAAAUUGUCUAUA